AAACAAGACUGUUCCGCUUCCCGACCGCGUUUCCCCCGGACAUCUGGCGACGACAACGACACUGGGCGUGGGCUGGCCAAUGCUGAUACAGACCAUAUACUGUCAUAUCCCGGAGUAGGAAAGAUCACCAACAAAGAUGACAAGCGGCAUCACUGUGUUCGAGCAGUUUGUGAGGUUUGGGACCGAUGCCUACGGCAUAGAGCGCCUUCUCCGGCUGCUUCAGGCCCUCACAACCAUCCUCCUCCAUUUCCCUACUCUCUCCUACUGGUUCCUGGUCUUCCUUGCCCCUUUUUCUUCCCUCCCAGCAACACUCAAAACAUCCCCCACCACUAUCAGCCCUACCACGCUCACCCUUCUCCGCAAACGCCUUGCCUCCCUCCGCCAGGCCGUCCGCCUCUUCCGCUUCCUCGACUCCUUCGCCGCCGCCUGGUCCGUCCUCUCCUCUCUCCAGGAGCAACCACCACCGCAAGCUCAAUCACAGCCACAGGCACGUCACGACGAGAAGGAGGGGCGCCAAGGCGGCCCGACGAAGAGAACGCCAGCGACGCCGGGACCAGCGGCAGGCGUCGUCGUCGCCGUCGUCGUCGAAAAGUGGCUGGACUUUGGCAGCAAGUCCUUCACGGGCAUGUACCUCCUUCUGGAGAGCGCCGUCUUCGUCGAGGCGGUGCUGGACGUGCCGGGCCUGCGCGUCUGGGAUUCGCCCGAGGCAGUGGUGCGGCUGGUGCUCGACGGGCAGCGGUUCUGGUUCGCCGGCCUGGUGUGCGGCAUCCUGGCCGCCGCGGUCCGAUUGGCGAGGUCAGGUGGCGGGGCCCGGGGCGGAACGGGGCAGGUGGGAGGGGGCAAGGACGGCGACAGUAAGGAUGGUGGGGAGGAGAACGACGACGAAGAGGAGGAGGAGGAGGAGGAGGUGAGAGAGGAAAGGAAGGCGGCGAGGAGGAAGGUGGUCAGGAGGUUGGCGGCGGAUAUCAUGGAUCUGGCCGUGCCUGGGUCGGUGGUGGGAUGGGUGCCGUUGGCCCCCGGGUACGUGGCCGUCUUGAUGUUCGGUAGCACCAUCUUGACGGGGAUGGAAGUCUGGGAGAGAUGCGGGAGGGAGCUGGCCGCGCAGAGGGCAGCUACCAUGGCGCGGCCAUGAUGCUCUCUCAAGAACUUCUUCUUUCAAUAUUGGAUUCGACGCUGUCUGAUGGAAGAAACAAAAUGAUUACCAUAGGCACCUAGUGAUUCAUAUGCUGACGGAGCACAGGAGCCCUGAGAAACAUGUGUCAGCAUGGCACCAGCGCGCCAUUGCAAUGGUAAUGAAACUUCAC